AUGGUAGGUAUAUGGGGAAUUGGCGGAAUUGGAAAAACUACGGUUGCUAAAGCUGUCUAUAAUCAGAUUGCCCAUGAGUUUGAAGGUAGAUGUUUUCUGAAAAAUGUCAAAGAACAUGGACACCUAGCUCAACUACAAGAGCUUCUUCUUACAAAGAUGCUGGGGAACCUGACAUUUAAGGUGUCCAAUGAUGAUGAGGGAGUCGGGAUCAUAAAAACAAGGCUGAGACAAAAAAAAGUUCUCAUAGUUAUCGAUGACGUGAAUAAUGAGAACCAGUUAAAAAAAUUAGUGGGAGAUUCUGAUUGGUUUGGCCCAGGUAGCAGAAUUAUCAUAACAACAAGGGAUAUGGGUUGUUUGGAUGCCCAUAAUGUUAAAAAGAUAUAUGAGGUCAAGAAACUAAAUGAUGCAGAUGCUUUGAGGCUCUUACGUUUGAAUGCCUCCGAAGGAAAUAGAAGUCUAGAUCAAGAUACUAUGGCAAUUAUUCAUGACGUACUUCAUUACAGUCAAGGCCUUCCAUUAGCUUUGGUCGUUAUAGGGUCACUUCUACGUAAUAGGAGUAGAGAUAAAUGGCCAGCUGCACUAAGAAGUCACCGAAAAUCUGGUAAGGGAAUUCAUGAACUCCUGAAAAUAAGCUAUGAUGCACUGGCCGAUGACGAGAAAGAAGUUUUUCUUCACAUUGCAUGUUUCUUUAAAGGUAGAAACAAGAAUUAUGUGAUAGAUAUACUGGGGGGUUGUGGCCUCAACCCCGGAGAUGGUAUUGACGUACUAAGAAAAAUGGCCCUCAUUAGCAUCACUAAAGAGGAGGAAAUUUGGAUGCAUGACCUGCUAGAAGAUAUGGGCAAAAAUAUAGUUAUCCAAGAGUCACCAACUGAACCGGGAGAACGAAGUAGAUUGUGGAAUUACGAAGAUGUGCACCAUAUUUUUGUGGAAAACACGAUAAAAAAAAAUGGCAUAAAGGUUAGCGGUGCUAUUGACAGAGAACUAUUCAAUGAAGAAAUUGUGUGUGUGGAUUAUCUGCCCAACGAAUUGAGGCUAAUUGAUUGGGUGGGUUGUCCUUUACGGUAUUUUCCGUCGAACUUUUAUCCGAGGAAUCUUGUUGUACUCAAGAUGGAUUUCAGCAGCCGACUACCACUGACGCGAUCUGAGAUAGUGAUUCCACCCAUACUUGGGACGUCACCACUGGGGAAGGGAUUACAGUUAUGUGGAAGUUUAAAAGAAGUUACGGUUGGGGUUCUGAAGAAUCUUGUUAAUUUGGAACUUAGUAGCAACAGAGAACUUAGUAAGUUCAAAAUUGUGGGGGAGAUGGAAUCCUUGAAACGCCUGAAUCUGCAGGGCACUGCCAUCAAAGAAUUGUCUUCAUCGUCAAUCAGAUAUCUCAAAAAUCUUGUAUAG